CUCGAAACAAACAAUAAAUCACCUAGCCCGCAUUACUUUCACCACCCAGCCUGCCUCGCCCCUCACCACCUCCCCAAGUGUCAACGUUGGUCUGCCCGUUCCACUGACCAUGUCGUCUGUGCAUCCUGAUUCGCUGGGCAUCCCGGGAUCCCCUCGCCGCACGGCCACUCCGAUACCAGCCCUCUAUCGCCUUGUCUUCCUGUACAUUGAGCCUCUUUCAACUCUUGUCGGCGCCAUCCACGCCCACUUCCAGCAGUCGCUCUAUCUGGCUCUGACCCACCCCCCCUCUGCUCCAGGCCAAUCUGUUCCCGUUUCUACUUCAAUCGUCCUUACCCAACUCGCCAACCUGUAUUUCCUCCUCUGCUUCAAUGAGGCUCUGGUUCUUCGUGCAACCCAGGACCUGAAGGUCUGGAGGACUUUCAUCCUUGGAUUGCUGGUGGCCGAUCUCGGCCAUCUCUACUCUGUUCGUCUGGUCGGUGGGUGGGUCUAUUACCGAUUCUGGCACUGGAAUGCGAUCGAUUGGGGAAACGUUGGGUUUGUCUAUUUCUUAGCCGUCGUGAGAAUCUGUAUGCUCUUGGGCUGGGGGUUUGCGUCGAGCGAAUCUAGUCCGAGGUCGGAAAAAGCCAAAUGA